AUGCAGCGGCAAGUCAACUUGCGCUUGCUGACCUCUCGAUGGGCUGCCACGAUGAGCACUUCGAUCACGAGUGGCCUUUUCAAAGUGAAAGGCGAACUCACAAAGCUCGUUUCAGGAGCCAUCCCGGCCGUAGGGGUGGAGGCGCAGGUUACGCACGCCUUCUCGAUCGAAGACACUCGCGCCUUUGCUCGACUUUCAGGUGAUAACAAUUUACUGCACGUGGACGCUGACUUUGCUCUCAAGCACGCGUCCAAGAGCAAGCCCAUAGUGCAAGGUCUUUUGGUCGGCAGUCUUUUUGCCACCAUUUUCGGUCGCACUGUACCGGGCGCAUUGUACGUCAAACAAGAUAUACGCUGGAAAGCGCCGCUACUGGUAGAUGAAAAAGUGACAGCUCGCAUCUGCGUGACGAAAGUUCGCAAGCGCUUUGUCGAGUGCGAGACUGUAUGCACGAAGACGAGCGACGGCGUUGUCGUCGCCAUUGGCAAUGCUACAAUGCUGCUGCCGUCUCCAGUCAUUUAA